AUGCAUUUAUCUGAGAGAAGUAGACCUGUUUUGAAAUCGACAAGCAGAACAAAAACGAAUUACUUAGCAAGAACACGCUCCCUAGCAACCUCAUCUGCUACUACCACCACUACAUCCGCACUAUUUACAUUACCAGCAACACGUGACCUCACAGCUCCAAACUCUUCAUCUGCUAAGACUUCAUCGACGCCAACAUUAACUAAUCUGACAAUUAUAAAUCUUAAAAAACCAGAAGAAACUUUAACAAAAUUUACAUCAUUGUCAACAACAGCAUCAGAAGUUUUCAGGACAACAACGUCAACAUCAAAUGUUUUCCCUUCGUCCUCAGCCGUGGAUGUUAAAUUAGCAACAAACGCACUAGUUUCCACAUCAUCGAUUGACGCUGUUUAUACAUCGAUAGACAUUUUUUUAAAAUCGACACAUAUGAAAACAUUGCUGCCCUCCAUAACAACAAAAAACAACCAGCAACCUGCGACUACAACAGCCAUAUCAGAAUCAGCAACAACCGCAGCAACAUCAGUAACGACAACAGUAACCUCAACAUCGACUUAUUCCGUUCCAAACUAUAUGAAGGCCACUGAAGUUUCGAGGAUGAGAGAAUCAUACACAAGAUCGAUAUUUGAAAAGUCCCUGAAUAAGAAACGUACGAUGGAUUCAACUGCGAAGUUCAAAGGGAUCAACCAAGAUAACAAAUCGAUAUAUGUUUUUCAGGAGGAGACUAACUUGCCUAAGCCAGACCAUGCUGGUCAUGCUUCUCAAAAUAUGUGCCAUACUCGUGGAGAAGAUGACUUUGACAACAACGAAUAUGUUAUAAAUGCUGUCAAAAAGAGUGCAAAAAGCAACAUUGAUAAAAAUAACAACCACAUCUACUAUGAAAACAACGACAACAAUUCAACAAAGGAUUAUUUUGAUUGUGACCGUGACACGUUUCUGGCUAAACCGAUCAAUGAACUUUUACAGGAUAAUAAACAAGUUUGCCAAAAACCAACUAAUGUUUUAAUUUUGACAUCAGCAACAACACUUUCAAAAACAACGUCAACAAUAACAACUUCUGCAACAACAAAAUCAACAAACCGCAUUUCAAAUGUCGUUCCACAUUUACAAUCAGACCAAGUAUCGAAUAGCGAUGAAUUAAGACCACUCGACGGCGACAGCAACAUUCAGCAGCAGCAGCCUACAAAAACUUCAUCAUCGCCUUCCUCAUCACCUGCGUUGCCACCAGCGGCACAGAGGAAAGAAUCAAAACACCACCAUACAAUUAUGAAUUACAAAACUUUUGGCCACAUAAUUUGCAACGAUUACAACAAUUUUGAAGGUAGCAAAAACAAAAAUGUUGUAGUUCAAAGACCGAACAACCACGUUCCACAUUACAGCAAUCUCACAAAUACGACCGCUUCACUCUUUCCUCGUUUGGCGAACAACAACCUCAAAUUGAACGUGAAGAGAAAUAAGUUGUCUUCCUCGCUAUCGACAUCCCUAUCAUCACUUUCCACGCAAUGGAAAACAGUUAAAAAGAACAAAACAUUUUCUGAUUCAGUUAACCUUAUCUACGACAAUAAACAAACAGUCAACGUAGCAUCUUUAAUGAACAGGUCGACCGACACGUCGACUCCUUCCACUACGACUGUUUGUACUACCACUGACACCAUUGGAAACAAGUUUUGCUUUGAAGCAGCUGACCGAACAGAUCACAUACCAUACAUUCACGAGAAAUCAAACGUAGAUAAAAAGCCAAGUCGCUUACAAGACAAAAACUUUUUCCAUUUUACAGAAGGCGCUUCAACAACUGUUAGGUCGGCACGGUCUGUGGCAUUCCUCGAUCACCAGCGUCUUCCGUCAUUAACAUCGCCAACAACGCCCUCAAAAUUCAGACUGAAAUCAGACCAAAGAAAUCUUACAAGGUCGUCAUUUCUUUCGUGCAGUUUAAACAAUCUCACGACAUCACAAGUGAAUGCUUCAACAAAAAAAAAUCAUCCUUAUCCGUUUUCUUCAAAGACAUUCAGAAGACAAUUAUCCGUUUGUUCCUUCGCUAAAGCUCCAACUGCCGUUCCCCACGCAUCCUCGCCAGACUGUUUCUCCAACGUGACCGCCAUCAAGUUGCCGAGUAUCAUUGAAGGUUUUGUGGUUCACAUCAAAAAAUUUAAAUUUUUUAUUUAA